GAGUGUUACAGCAACCAGCAGUGCCGAAAGUGGCGAGAGCUGACCCCACAGCUGUCUCUGCAAUUCAGUAUCCAGUCUUCCGCAGACUCCAGCGCCACGACAUGGCCUCCACAGCGUUUGUGCUGAAUGCUGGAGUAAUUGCAUUAGCUCUAACAGUUGGGAUUCCGAUAUUUCCAACGUUGGCAGAUCAGACACCGUGUACUGCAGAAACAACUUAUCCUUAUGGGAACGCAGCAAUAAUUGUCAAAACAACCGUUACAUGCAGUCCAGAUCAUGAUGGCCACAAAGCAAGCGUCUGUUCGAAAUCCGAUGUGGAGGUCACGAAUCAUAUUAAAAUAGAGCACCACAGUCAGGAGACAGAGGCGGUAACGACAGAAGUUCCUACUCUUCGCUCUAAUGCCUGCAAUAACGACACCGUGGCAACGACUGGAACACCUAGGGACGUUCGUGCUGGAUAUACGAAAUAUGAUGGUGUGGGUUAUUACAAAGUGCCCCAGUUACGUGCGACUUGGUCUGAGGCGAAAAGUAUUUGUGAAGAAGACGGUGGCCACAUGGUGAUCAUUAAUUCCAAGGAGGAGGAAGAAGUCAUUAGAAAAGUGAUUUGCGGCCAGAUUCUGGCGAGGGUUGGAUACCGCUACGAGCCGCAGAAAGGCUACUACGAGACAGUUCUCGGUGAACCACUCGACUCCGUUGGCUACAUCCACUGGGACGAGAGCGCUGGUCCACCGUCCAUGGAAGGUGAAUGCGGUGCCGUGUGGGAGGCAACGGGCAAAGUCAGGAACAUCCGCUGCAAAGUCCCGCUCCCAUUCGUCUGUGAGCUGCCAGCCUAGCAAAAGCCUUUCUUGUCAGGUGCUUCGGUAUUCUUGUGCUACUGAUGAUGUAAUCUCUUUUGUCAAAU